AUGACGGGAAGCGCGUGUCGCUGGCGAAAGAAAACCGGUUCCAGUUUGCCAGUUGCGAGUCCCAAAAGUCCCGCGCUGAAUCGGCCUGCCGGGAACGCCAUCCCUGAAACCCAAGCCCAAGCUGCCCCAGCACUAGCGAACCUCGAUGAUCAUCAACCCGCUCAAGAGGACGACUGGUGGGGAUUGUGUAGUAGUGUAACCUUGGAGUCAGUUCGCACGAACCUCAAUCUUCCUCAGUUUGUAGUUCUCUCGGUUGUGGAGUUCAAUCAAAUUAUCGAUGCGCCACCGGGUGUCCUUGUGAGUGGCCCGCUCCGAACAAAGCCCUGGGCCAGCUGCCACAGCCCCGACGGAGUGGUCGAUCUACAGAUAGUAUUAGUCAGGAAGAAAUUAAAAUGA